UGUUAUUGUAUUCAUCUCUGAUGAAAAAAGAUUGUUAGUUUGUGUGUUAAUACUAUAUGUAUUUCUGUAUAUUUGGAAAGAACUUUAAUAAAAAAGCAAACAGCAAUGUAACAAAUCACACCGGAAGUUACCGUUGUAUCUCGUUUCUAAUACGGAAGUGGGCGUGAACAACUGAGACAUUCAGCAGCAUCAUAGCACGGUCUUACCUUUCGUAAUUAAUCACUGCUACACAUUUUCUUCUGAAUUAAGUACAUGCAGAUCAGCUUUAUUUCAUCUUUUUCUCGGAGACGUGCAACUUUUAAGAGCCCCUGGAAAUAUGAGCCAAACGUCAGAGUCUCCAGCCGAUACUGCUGUGACUGAAGCUCCUGUUCCACAAUCUGAGACCAAACAGUCAACAACCGGGAAGAAACAAAACAAAAAGAAAGUGGACGAGGUGGUGGAGGAAGAAGAGGAGGAGUACGUUGUGGAGAAGGUCCUGGAUCGGCGUGUUGUAAAGGGAAGAGUUGAAUACCUUCUCAAAUGGAAAGGCUUUUCUGAUGAGGACAACACCUGGGAACCAGAGGACAAUCUGGACUGUCCUGACCUUAUAGCAGAAUUCCUACAGUCGCAGAAAACUGCCGAAACUGGAAGCAAGAGGCGGGCCGACACAGAUGGAGAUGGAAAGGAGUCUAAAAAGCGCAAGGAUGAGCCUGAGAAACUCAGAGGUUUUGCACGUGGUUUGGAUCCUGAGAGGAUUAUUGGUGCUACAGACUCCAGUGGAGAGCUCAUGUUCCUCAUGAAAUGGAAAAACUCUGAUGAAGCUGAUCUUGUACCAGCCAAAGAGGCGAAUGUAAAGUGCCCACAAGUUGUCAUUUCCUUUUACGAGGAACGGCUCACCUGGCAUUCGUACCCUACAGAAGAGGAAGAAAAAAAAGAUGAUAAAAACUAAUAUGUAAGGGACAUUGGUUUUCAAUUGUGGCCAUCAAAACGUGUUUUUGACUAUUUUCCUGUUGUAAAAAAACGAAUUGAGUUGAGAACUCAACCAACAGUAUAAACUGUAAUCUACAUAGGUUUCAGCAUAUUUUAGUUUUGGCACCAUUGCCGUAUGUGAAAGCAAAUAGAAAUUGCUUAAUAGGUGACAUGACUCUAUACCUUUAAAUGUAUUCAUGCUUUCUUGCAACAUUUUAUUGACACCAAAACAUUUAAAUCACAUUUAAAUUCAUAGAAUUCAUUUAUUGUAAUUAUUUCAUGUGAAAUUGUGAAGUUACCAAGUCGAAAAUGUUCAACCUGUAUCCUCCCCCUGUGUAGAUUACAGUAUUUUAUCAGUGUUGAUCAUCCUGAAUCUGUUUUGUUUAAUGCUGUAGCGGUAUCAAAAACUUCCUUAUAUAUAUAUAUAUAUAUAUUCCAUAAUCUUAAAUUUUAUGUAUAUAUAUUAACUAAUGUUAAAAUGUUACUGCCUUAACAGAAUAUUAAGAAAAUGACAAUUUUAUAAAUCUGUCAAAGCAGGUGAUCAUUGUAUGCAUGAAUUUAGACAGAUUCAUGAGAAAAUGAUAUAGGCCUUAUUAAAUGUUUGGACCUGGCUUUGAUACAAUUGGUUUUUUAAAGAGAUGCCAACAGCUAUUAUCAUCCAGUGUUUAUUUAUCCAUGAACUAUUAUGUUUUGUCCUGCCAUAGGUGCUAUUUGUGGGCGAUCCCUAAUAUGAUACUCUUUCUCGUCUUGACAUUGUGUUUGUAAAUAUGUUUGCCAUUUUCUAUAAUGUAAGCAUCACUAUGUACAGUCAGUUUAGUUGUUACCUUGAUACUUGUUUUAUUACUGUCAAACAGCAAAGUAGAAUUGUAACAUUCUUUCUUCUAAAAAAAAAAACAUUUAAGUAUGUUUUGAACUUUUACAGUUGUAUGUUUUGUUUAACCAUGCUAUUAUUGCAUAUUAUCAGAACUGCCCUUGAAUUCAUUUAAAAAAUAAAAAGCUUUGUUGUCAAAAUAGUUGAUGUAAAAAUGUGUAUACUUAGUCUAGGCAGUGUAUUCCCGAUCCUUUUCACUUGAUUUUUAAUCCAUAAUGCAGUCCAUGGCACACCAUUGAAACAAUGAGCUCCCAUCAGUGAUACUAAAGAGACAGUUCAACCAAAAAUUAAUAUUCAUCAUUCAGUCAUCAUUUACUCUUAGUCUUGUCAUUUCAAACCUUUUGUGACAUUUUUUCUUCUGCAGAACACAAAAUAUUAUUUAGAAAACAUUUGUACCCACUCACUUCUAUUGCAUGGACGUAAAACAAGUGCACGUCAAUCAGUACUGCAGUUUUUCGGUUACCAACAUUCUUAAAAAUAUAUUUGGUUUUGCAGAAGAAAAAAACAAACAGGUUUAAAAUAACAAGAGUAGAUGAUUCAAUUAAUUUCUUUUUU